AUGAGCAAACCAAGAAGUCAGUUGAAGCGCAGCACUGUUAUCCUAGACGACAAUAUGGUACGCGAAUACAAACUCGCUGUUGAGAAACUUGCGCCAGUGGAUCAGAGAAAUAAUACUAAUACCAGAUCAGAAUCUAGUAAGUCCAUCACCUCCAUGAUGACGAUGGACUCCGUAUUGUCACGUGAUAACUCCAUCAUGGACUUACUUCUGGAGCAACAGACGUUAGAGGAUGAGAAUGAGAAUGAUAUGGAAGUGGUUUUUCUGACAAAGGAUGAUACGAAUGCCGAUUUAGACUGGAACAUUUGGGAAGCAGAAAGCUAUGUUCUCACCAGAACCUCACUAGAGUUUCAAACGAAAUAG